AUGUAUCGUGUCGUGUACAUGUUCCCUCCACUGCCGAUCACCGUUCCUAUGACCGCCCGGUUAAAGUCUUUUUGUACCGAAUUAAAAAACAACCAAGUACAGGGACUGUGUUUCCUCACUAAAGUCCCACGUAAUAUUUGUACCGCUCUUGUUGUGAGCCGUGUUCCGUGGUGUGGUGAGUGCUCGGUCCCCCAGGCCUUCCUCUCGCUGACCCGCGCGCUCAGCGACGCCAAGCGGCCCCCGGCGGAGGCCCGGCCGGCCCCCCCGCCGCCCUGCGCCCCCUGCUGCCGCCUGCUCUAA